CCUCCCUCUCCGUCCUGCCUCUCCCUCCUCUUCUCAGGCAACAGAGCAGAGAGCAGAGAGCAGAGAGCACAGAACCCAGCAGCCAGGCUCAUGGCUAGAAGCCCUGCCAUGGCACCCCCAAGGCCCCUUCUGAUGCUGGCACUGCUGGCGUGGGUUGUUGUGGCUGACCAAGAGUCAUGCAAGGACCGCUGCACCGAGGGCUUCAACGUUGACAGGAAGUGUCAGUGUGACGAGCUCUGCUCUUACUACCAGAGCUGCUGUGCUGACUACAUGGCUGAGUGCAAGCCUCAAGUGACUCGUGGGGACGUGUUCACUCUGCCAGAAGAUGACUAUGGGGUCCACGACUAUACCGAGAGGACCGACGUCAGUGUCCACAUGCAGGCAGAGCGCGUCAACCUCAGCUCUGACCUGCAGGCUGAGUUUGAACUGACUCAGGAGGAGGCACCUGUUCAGAACCCUGAGGAAGAGGUCCCGGGACCAGGACAGGAGGCCCCAGGACCCACGACCACUGAUCCAGGGAUCUUAGAGUCGUCAGCAGAGGAGCUGUGCAGUGGGAAGCCCCUUGAUGCCUUCACUGACCUCAAGAAUGGUUCCCUCUUUGCCUUCCGAGGGCGGUACUGCUAUGAGCUGGAUGAAGAGGCAGUGAAGCCUGGGUACCCCAAGCUCAUCCGAGACGUCUGGGGUAUAGAGGGCCCCAUUGAUGCUGCCUUCACCCGCAUCAACUGUCAGGGGAAGACCUACCUCUUUAAGGGUAGUCAGUACUGGCGCUUCGAGGAUGGCAUCCUGGACCCCGGUUACCCCCACAACAUCUCCGAAGGCUUCCAGGGCAUUCCGGACAAUGUGGAUGCAGCCUUGGCCCUCCCUGCUCACAGCUACAGUGGACGAGAGCGGGUCUACUUCUUCAAGGGGAAACAGUACUGGGAGUACGAGUUCCAGCAGCAGCCCAGUCGGAAGGAGUGUGAAGGCAGUGCCCUGUCAGCCGUGUUUGAACACUUUGCCCUGCUGCAGCGGGACAGCUGGGAGGAGAUCUUUGAGCUCCUCUUCUGGGACAAAUCCUCCGGUGGUGCCAGAGAGCCGGGGUUUAUUAGCCGGGACUGGCCUGGUGUGCCCGAGCAAGUGGAUGCGGCCAUGGCUGGCAGGAUCUACGUCUCAGGCUCAGCUCUCCGCUCCUCUGGGCUCAAGAGUGCUAAGACUAAGAGUCGCAGCCGCAGCCGCAGCCUCAGCCGCAAACGCUACGGAUCACGCCGUGGUCGCAGCCGUGGCCGCAGCCAGAACUCCAACCGGAAGUCCCGUUCAUCCUGGCUGUCCUGGUUAUCCAGUGAGGACAGUGACCUAGGAACCUACAACUACAACUAUGACUACGACAUGGACUUCCUUGUGCCUUCCAGUUGCAAGCCCACCCAGAGUGUCUACUUUUUCUCAGGAGACCAGUACUACCGAGUCAACCUCCGCACUCGGCGAGUGGACACCGUGAGCCCUCCCUACCCGCGUAACAUCGCCCAGUACUGGUUGGGCUGCCCAGCCCCUGGUCAGAAGUAGGAGUCUGAGUCCAUACAGCUGGCCCUCCUCCGCUGCUCCCUCCUCCCACCUCCUCCUCGCAGCUCAAUAAAGAUCCCUUGACUCUGA